UUAGUUAAGUAGCCUGUAGCAAUGGCAUCGAGCUUGCGGGAGUUGGGGCGGUCGCUUCUACGGGCUGGGUGCAGUCUCGCACACACGCAAGUAGGCAGAAAUGGCGCGGUAGAAACACUUAGCACGACUGGUCUAAUGCGAUGGCAGCAUUCAGCAGCGGAGCAGACGGCAUCGACGAGAGCCAUCAAGGGUUCGGCCGACGACACGCCGUCGGCAGCGCCGGAGCAGGAGACCCGGCUUCGCUUCGUCAGCAGCGAGUGGCGCAGCGGGAGACCGCAGCCCCCCGAGCGGCGCAUUCCCAUCUGCUUUCCCAACAUCACGCUUCAGAUGAUGAAGCUGACGCCGGAGCAGAUGGACCAGGUCAAGGAGACGGGGUGGCUGCGGGAGGUGGCGUUCAAGACAACGCCCGACGUGACCAAGCUCGAGAUCGCGGCGUUCCUGCAGUCAGUGUACGGCAUGAAUGUGGAGCGCGUGUCCACCAUCAACUACCUGGGGCGCCGCCGCCUCGCCAUCUCGCGCAAUGGCAAGCGGCUGUGGUGGCGCGAGGACGACUGGAAGAAGGCCUACGUCAUCUUCCGCCCGCCGGCCGGCCAGGAGCACCUGCUGACGCGGGGCCGCCGCGCCGGCGGCGACGGCGAUAGUGGCGAUGAGGAGCAGCAGCGGCCGGUCAUUGAACAAAUCAGAGAGGCGGCGCGUGCGCCGCGGCUGCCGCCGCGGCCGUACCCAUGGGAGCGGCGGCCGGGCGGCGGGCGGCGAGGGGCGCCGGGCGGCGAGGCGGAGGUGCCGGGCGGGCGCUCGGGCGAUGCGGCCGAGUAGGGAUGAAAGGCAUUGUGAGUGGUGGCGUGUGUCUGGUCGCGGUGCUGGUGGCGAGCCGGUGCGGCGCCGAUGAAGGCCCGCGUGUUGACGACGUUGGCGAGGCGAGGGAGGCGAGGGGGACUACCGAACAGACGGCGAGUGCUGUAUGAUGAGCAGGUGCGCAUGGCGGGGAAUGCGGG